CUGAUUACUGUCAUCACUAACUAGUAAUAGUAGGACUACAUAACGUGGUUCAUACACUAGUAUAGAAUAUAAAUUCUCUAGCUCCUUUUUGUUUCUGUUAUCUGGAUUCCAUUAUUUUCUUGGCGUAGUUCCUUGUGGUGGCAAGAUGGCCUUGGUUAGUUCCCCUAUCGGCUUUGAAGGUUAUGAGAAAAGACUUGAGAUUUGCUUCUUUAACUCUGCUGGAAAUGGCCUUCGAUCUUUAACUAAAAAUCAACUCGACAAAAUCCUUGAACCAGCGGAAUGCACUAUUGUUGAUUCUUUGUCUAAUGAUCAUGUUGAUUCUUAUGUUCUGUCAGAGUCUAGCCUCUUUAUCUACCCUCACAAAAUUAUAAUCAAAACUUGUGGGACCACAAAAUUGCUCCUCUCUAUCCCAGUUAUUCUUCACCUAGCUGAAACUCUUGCACUUACCAUAAGAUCCGUGAGGUACACCCGUGGUAGCUUCAUAUUCCCAAGUGUUCAACCCUUUCCUCACCGGAAUUUCUCAGAAGAAGUCGCCACUCUGGAUAGCUACUUCAGCAAGCUUGGAUUAGGAAGCGAAGCUUGUGUGAUGGGAAGUCUGAAAUCCCCUCAAAAAUGGCAUGUUUAUUCAGCUACUGUGGAGCCUCCAUGCUAUGAUUCUCACCAAAAUUUUACCUUAGAGAUGUGCAUGACAGGUCUGAACAAAAACUGUGCAUCAGUCUUUUAUAAGACGAACUCAAGCUCAGCAUCUGAUAUGACUGAGUCUUCUGGUAUAAGAAAAAUCCUCCCCCAGUCAAGGAUAUGUGAUUUUGAAUUUGACCCUUGUGGUUAUUCCAUGAACUCAGUUGAAGGGGCCGCGAUAUCUACAAUUCAUGUUACACCAGAAGAUGGUUUCAGUUAUGCUAGUUUUGAAUCUGCUGGUUAUGACCUGAAGAAAAUGAAGGUAGAGCAUAUGGUUGAGAGGGUGCUGGUCUGUUUUCAGCCAACAGAAUUCUCUCUAUCUGUUCAUUGUGAGGAACAUGCUGACCUGCUAGAAUCUACUGUAGGAUCUGUGAUUGUAGAUGGAUACUAUAUGAAUUACAAGAGCUGCGAGGAGCUCGGAGAUGGUGGCUCCGUGAUCUACUACCAAUUUUUAAAGUCUGAAGUCUGCCAGUCGCCAAGAUCGAUUCUCAAAUGCGGUUGGAAGGAUGAAGAUGAAAGUGAUUCCGGCUCGGACGUGGCUUAAUUUUAUCAAGUUGAGUGAUGUUAAUUGGAGAACUGCUCUCCAACAAACGUGUGGAGGAAUAUGGUAAUAUGGUAAUCUGCUUAGUUCGGGCGCCACUCGAGUCUCGAGUUCUUUGUGAACUUGUUCUCCAUAUUACUAUAUAGCCUUUCACAUUAAAGAUCCCUAGCUUUUCUCAGUCUACAAAUCUUGUUGCAAUGUGGAUGAUUUGGUUUUCGUUGGUAAUUCGUUAUCUUUGGUUUGCUGCUGUUUAUCUUGUAAAGCUCUAAUGAAAGUUCAGUUUCUUCACCACUUACCACUGUGGUUUUGUUUGUAUGUACCCUGGGAGACUACUGUUUGUGAUGCAUAAAACUCUAAAUGAAUUAAUAGUAUAUUUGCCCAUUAA